AACAUGAAGUUGAGUUCUUUCAUUUACAGUCUGUUUUGAUUACACCAUUUAUUGAUUCAGAUCAUUGGGUAGACGUUAUCCCUGCUGUAAAAACCCGACCUGUAAAUGCUUUUGCCCAGGUUGUUUUACAUGGAUCAAGCUGUCUAAGUAG